AUGGCGGUCUCUUCUGGAACCUUGUCCUCCUUCCUCUGCAUCAAAACGGCGCCGUUCAGCUGCGAAUCGAACCCUUCGUCUCUCCGGCUAGCCGUCUCUCUUCCGACUAAACUACGCCUGGUGCGAGCGGUAUCAGCGUCUUCAGAACCCACAACAACAACCAAUAAGAGAGUGCCACGCGGCAUCAUGAAGCCUCGACCAGUAUCCCCAGAGAUGCAGGACGUCGUCGGACUAUCGGAAAUCCCUCGCACACAAGCUCUUAAGCGUAUCUGGGCUUACAUCAAGGAACAUGACCUUCAAGACCCACAAAACAAGAGGGAUAUAUUGUGUGAUGAGAAGCUGAAGAAGAUAUUCGAAGGCAGAGAACGAGUAGGGUUCUUGGAGAUUGCGAAGCUCAUCGGUCCUCACUUCCUCUGA